AUGAUGUACUCACCUGCAGCUGCUUACGAAGAAGGUUAUGUUCAAUAUCAAAUUCCAUCCCGACCCACAAAAAUAACGACCACGUUUGUAAAACAAUUAAUAGCCAUCAAAGAUGCAAUGGAAAAAGAAAUUAGAGAUUUAAUGCUGUCGUUGGAUAAGGUCGGAGUUGGAUUAAAAACACCAUUGGUGGAUGAUGAAGGCUUUCCGAGAGCAGAUCUUGAUUUAAAUGAUAUUCGAUCGAAAAGACACAGAAUUGCUUGUUUACAAAAUGAUCACAUUUCCUUGAUGAAUGAUAUACAGAAUUUUUUAUAUGAAUUACAUGAAGAGAGUAGAGCCAAUGCACAACCAUCCACAACGUCGCCAAAUAUUGCUCAAUCAUCAUCCUCCAUGGACACCAGUAAUGAUGAAGAAGAACAAUUAGAGCCAUUCCUCAAAGUGAAUACAGUUUCUCCAAAUUCGCCAGCAGAAAAAGCUGGUCUGCAUCCAGGAGAUGAAAUUACACAAUUUGGCUACCUUGUUAAAAAAGAUAUUAAGAAUAAUGGAUUGAAAAUUCUUCCAACAGUGGUUCAAUCGAAUGUCAAUAAGCCAAUGAAAGUUCAUCUUCUAAGGGAAGAAGGCUCCACCAAAGUGAAAAAAGAAAUUAUUCUUGUCCCAUCAUAUUGGAGUGGUCAAGGUUUAUUAGGAUGCCACUUUCUUGAAAUCCAUUAA